UUGUAUCCCAAAAUUAGAAAUCAAUGUUUGAAUUGAAAAGGUUUUCUGUUUUAAAAUACGCAUUAAAUGUGUUUAAUAUAAGUUAAAAUGUGUUUUAUUUUAUCUAGAAAGUGUUAAUUGGUUUAAUGUAUAAUAGCUUCUCCUUAGAAAACAACAACAACAACAACACAUAGGGUCUAGCAACACAUACGAAAUACAUCAGUCUGAAGACUAAAAAUAGUUAAAUGGAACGUAGACAUGUUGCAUUUACAAGUUAUCCAGACAGAUCUAUUGCAUGAUCAGCCAUGCUGAUACUUGCUGUAGAAUCCUCCAGCAGUGUUGUUGGAAGUCGUUUAGCAAUGGCAGGAAUUCCUUUGAUUAGAGAGGUCUCAGUGUCUUGGAGUAUAUUAGUACCUGUAUAUCAACGCUGACAGUGGGGUGAGGAUCUACAGCCAUGACCUCGUUUCUGUUCAUUGUGAUCACUCGGUAUGGAGAGGAGGAAGGCCUGGCAGAGUCUGGCGUACAGACUGACGGAGAGGAAGAGGUGGAGGAAGGAGACGCAGAUGAGCAUGAUGAUGAUGAUAAAAGUGAUAAAAAGUCUAAUAAAAGCAAUAAGGGCAAUGCAGAUGUUGGUGUAGAGAAAAUUAUUAAUGAUGAUAACUCCACAAUGACAUUGAAAGCAGGCCUAGGGAAGCGUGAUGGGAAUGAUGCACUGCCAACAGCUUAUCAUGAAACACCUCAAAACAAAACUGCUGAAAACAAGAACCAGGUGAAAACAAUUAAACAUGAGCCAAACAGUGAACAAACUACCAUUGGUGUUGAGCCAACUGUUGGAAUAAAUCUGAAGUCAUGUGCGAAGGCUGCUGUUGUUAGUAAUGAUCAUGACAUUGAUUCUAUAAUUGCACCAGAAAAUAUUCAUUUACAGGGAAUUAGCGAUAUAACACAGAAACCGACCGGUACGUGUGUUGAUCCAGUUUCUGUGAGAUUGGAGGAAAGUGGUAACGGAAUGACAAACAACUUAAAGAGUGAAACAAGCCUUGAUGGUUAUAUCAGUUCAGACAAUGAUAGCGAAGCUGGUGGCAGUUCUGAAUCUCCAAACAGAGUACACAAAAAAUGUCGUUUUAAAGUAACCAAACCCAAUCAAAAUCUGACUGCAGAUGAAUAUGCGGCUUCAGAUAAUGACACUUCGGGAGAUGUGAACAAGAAAAUGGAUUCGCUGAAUGGAGAGAUUGUAAUGAAAGGGAGGUUUAAUGUUUCAAAGAUAGCACUGAAUCAGGAAUCUAGUGCCAGUUUAACUGGAUUUGCAGAGAAAGUGGAUGAAAAGAAGGAGGAAGAAGAAGCUAAAAAUGAGGAAAAUGAUGACAACUUAGAAGAUGAAGUAUUGACUCCUUUGGUUGAGGAACUUCCACUCUAUAAGAAAGUGCAAAACACUCUUGAAGCCAUGGGUGUGUUGCACGCAGACCGUGAGAUGAUUGGUCAGCGACGCUUCCUAAAGCUCUCUUUCAUUCUGGAUGACAGUAAGACCUGUGAGAGAGUGCUCAAUCGCCUGAAGGGUCUAGGAGUCGGGUCAGAGCGCGACUCCUCUGUCAGCGUAUUCCCAUCCACUCUUUACCACGGCUACCAAUACAUGGGGGAUGAGACAGACGGUGACUCCUAUGGAAGUAAAGAAACCAUUCCUGAGAAAAAGCAGGUUGUAAUUUCAGAUAGCAGGGAAAGUCGAGCGCGGCAUGUUUUUGUCAAGUCCAUCAAAUCCAGAUUGGUUGUUCAACAGGUGGUAAACACUGUUACAGCUAAUGCUUUGUUCACAUUUGACUACCUGCUGCUGCUGAUAUUGGCUGGUUUUAUAGCCUGUGUGGGUCUAGCUGAGAACAGUUCCGUUGCACUUGUAGCCAGUAUGCUUAUCUCACCACUCAUGGGACCUAUUCUUGCAGCAACCUUUGGUCAGGUCAUCAAAAACAAUGAGCUACGCAAUUUAGGCAUCACUUCGGAACUGAAAGGACUUCUUAUAUGCUUGCUCACUGGUUUCCUAUUUGGCCUGGUCACUGGAGGGAUCGGACUGAAAGGGGCCUUUUGGGGCAGCACAACAGAAUGGCCCACAUCAGAAAUGGUCUCCAGGGGUAUGCUGCGAGCCCUGUGGGUGGGUGUUCUCAUCGCCGUGCCCUCUGGAGCUGGUGUGGCCCUCUCUGUGCUGGGCGGGAACGCAGGGUCACUGGUGGGCGUGGCUAUAUCAGCAUCACUCCUCCCACCUGCCUGCAAUGCGGGAAUGCUGUGGGGAUAUGCUCUGUUAGCUGCUUUUAGUCCUCCUGAAGUGGUUGGUGGGCAUAAUGCACUGGCAACUACAAUUUUACCCAGUGACGCAAAGAACACGACCUACUUAACCACAACGACAGCCCUUCCGCCGUCUGCCUCCCUGGGGACGUGCCCUGCCUUGGUGAACAAUGAAUACGUGCCCACGUACUCGUGCAACAUAUCAUCAGACGCAGCCAUUCUAGGCAUUGUGAGCCUUGGUCUUACUGUGGUCAACAUUAUUUGCAUCAUGAUCAUGGGUGUCCUUGUGCUGAAGAUCAAAGAAGUGGCCCCGGAGACAGCGGGUCCUAGUAAAUCAUUCUUCACGGAGGAUAUAGAGGUGGCUAGAAACUACAACGUGGUACAGAAAGGCAAGAAAGGCAUCACACUGGGCAAGCAGCUGCUGGAGGAAUACAAGAAGAUCAAGGACACCCACGGAGGUCAUAUCAAGGUCAAGGAUGGAGAGGAGAUCGACACUGAGACCUCAGACACGGGAUCAGACAAUGAUGAGUCUCUGGACGCGGAUGUGGCUGUUGUUGAUCUCGUGAAAACUUUGAAGGAUGUCCAGCAGUCGCAAGAUGUCAGAGCUGUGCUGUCUAAAUUGCCUCAAUUCCCAGCAGAGGACAUCACAGAUGACUUGGAUGUAGACUACAACGAGGCAGUGAACAAGUUCAUGAGGCACUAUUCCGAUCGCUCCAGCCACUACUUCAGACACGGCAAGAAAGAUCAGCGCUUGUUAGAAGUCUACAACACGAUCCACAAUGUAAACAUGUCGAGAUCUGUAAGCAGUAGAACAUCGGGACUGGCAGAUCUGUUUGUGGCAAAUCCCACUUUUCAGGCUCCGAUACGUCCAAGACACAGGCGGAUCUAUUCCCAUGGACAGGAAGGUCAAAGUACAACACCCCAGGAGCCAAAAGACAGUGUGCUGUACCAGAAACGGCGUGGCACGAUGGACGCGGGUCGGGAAGUGAGAUUUCAUGACGAGGAGCGGCAGAAACUAUUGCCCUAUGAAGUGUAAAGGUAAACACAUGCUUAUUUGACCUUGCUCUGAACUGUUUUGGUAGCAAGCACCCAGUGAAUGUCUGAUUGUUAAAGUUCUAGUAAGGUUUCAUCCAUCUGCAUGUAGUUUCGUCCUGGAUUGGCCUGCCAAUACUAAUUUUACUAAUCCACUUAACAUUUACUUUUUACUUACUUACUUGUUUGUGUAUAUUUAAUAGUCAUAUCGUAAUACUCAUUCAUUAACUGCGUAUGUAAAGUUGCAUAAUACAAUAUAUACUAAAUAUAUUAAUAAUUUUAAGUUUUUGUAUUUCUUGAAGAAGUAUUCUCGCUCUAGUACCCUGUAUUUCCCUAUUUCUGAUAAAAUGUUAUGAAAGACCCUCUGCAACCAAAGUAUACAACAUAUAAAUUCUAGCUAAAAAUAUAUGUAGACCAAAAAAUUGUACUUUGUUUAAAUUUCUUGUGCAAAGUAUCAUUAUAAAUAUGAUAUUGAUGCUAAGCAAACAUCAUAUAUCAUAAGAAGACAAUAAAAUGUCAGUUUUUAAAUAAAUAAAUUUGAUUUUGGGGUGUUGGGCACUAACAGUGAUUUUGCUUGUUUGUUCUGAAAUAUAUUUUAUACAAAUAUAUUAAUGAUACAAAAUACAUGUAUAUGCAUGUGUGCAUUAGUAUGUAUAGAUAUAAUGGAUUCAUGCAUAUGCACUCAUGCAUUAUUAGUGAAUGUUAUUCAUGUUUCUAGUUGUUUUUCUUGUAGCAAGUAAUGGUGACAUGGUGAUGAACAUGUGGAGUUGGUGUGCACAGUGUUGUUGGAUGUUGCAACGUUGCCACUCAUGAUCUUGGCUUGCAGAAGGAGGCGCUUACCUGGCUCUUGCAGCUUGCAUGUGACCUAUGUGGCAUCCAUGAUCUCAGCUUGCAAAAGGUGGAGAAGGCUUGCCUUGCUCUCCCAGCUUGCUUGUGACCUAUGUGGCACUCAUGAUCUCGGCUUUCAGAAGGUUGAGAAGGCCUGCCUUGCUCUCCCAGCUUGCUUGUGACCUAUGUGGCACUCAUGAUCUCAGCUUGCAUAAGGAGUAGAAGGCUUGCCUUGCUCUCCCAUUUUACUUGUGACCUAUGUGGCACUCAUGAUCUCAGCUUGCAGAAGAAGUAGAAGGCUUGCCUUGCUCUCCCAUCUUGCUUGUGACCUAUGUGGCACUCAUGAUCUCAGCUUGCAGAAGGUGGAGAAGGCUUGCCUUGCUCUCCCAGCUUGCUUGUGACCUAUGUGGCACUCAUGAUCUCGGCUUUCAGAAGGUUGAGAAGGCCUGCCUUGCUCUCCCAGCUUGCUUGUGACCUAUGUGGCACUCAUGAUCUCGGCUUGCAGAAGGUGGAGAAGGCCUGCCUUGCUCUCCCAGCUUGCUUGUGACCUAUGUGGCACUCAUGAUCUCGGCUUGCAGAAGGUGGAGAAGGCUUGCCUUGCUCUCCCAGCUUGCUUGUGACCUCUGUGCCACUAGAUAUGAGUCUUGCUCUGGGAAAACAGUCUUAAAUUUAUGCGCGUAAAGUGUCGUCCCAGAUUAACCUGUGCAGUCUGCACGGGAUAAUCAGCGACAACACUUUCCGCUUUUAUUGUAUUUUUCAUUUAAAAUGGAGUCUCUUCUUAGCGGAAAUCUAGUAUAGCUGGAAAGUGUCCUCACUGAUAUGCCUGUGCAGACUUCACAGGCUAACUGGUAUGACACUUAAUGCACAUGCAUUAAGUCCCGUUUUCCCCAGAGCCUGGAUCAUAUAGAUUUGCUUAAAAUUAUAUCAUUUUAAAUGCUUCCUCUGCAUCUGUGAUAUUAUUGUCAUCUCCGUCUUUUACGUGUUUUCAUUAUCUGAAAUUUCAAUUUUAAAAAUGUAUUAUGAACUUAGUUCUCUGGCAUUAUAGAUCUGAUUUUUAGCACAGCGUUUUCCGAGAAAACCCGAGGUAUUGUCAUAACCAGCUCGCCAUGUCGUCUGCCGUCCGCUUUGUGCUAAAACCUUAACAUUGGCUCUAAAAUCAAAGUGCUAAAACCUACAACUUUGAAACGUCAUAUGUAGAUGCACCUUGAUAAGUUCUACACGCCACACCCAUUUUGGGGGGUCAAAGGUCAAGGUCAUUGUGACCCCUUAAAAAAAUUGAAAAAAAAAAUUUCUGACAAGCUUUUAUUUAUUCAAAACUGCACCCGUAGCCGCGCAUUGCACCCGCCAUGCGGUGCUCUUGUUUUAUAUCAAGUAUCAUGUUUUUAAUUUUUAGAUUUGUCCUGACAGUUGAUAUGCGUGUACACUUGAUGUAUACCGGUAUUUAAAAGUUGACAAAGCUUGCAUUUGUUGAUAUACAUUUAUUGUAAUAAAAUUUUUUGUAAAUGUCUGGCCUGUAUCUAAAUGCUGAAGAAACCGUCCCAAAGUCAAAAUAUUUUUGUCAACGGAGGGGACUUAAGGAUUGUGCUCUGUGCGUAUGUCUGUCUGUCACUUUUUUCUGGAUCCUGCGAUAACUUUAAAAGUUCAUCAUAUUUUUUAAAGAAACUUGAAAAAUGGAUAGAUGGCAAUAUGGACAUUAUGCAUGUCAUUUCAUUUUGUUUCUGCGUCAAAAAUUCUGGUUGCUAUGGCAACAACAACAAAAAAUUCUGACAAUAGUGGAGCCGGUAGGGGACAUAUAUUGCUUGGCAAUAGUCUUGUUUUUUCUGUUUUGAGGAAAAAAACGGUUAUUAGAUUGGCGAAUGCGGGCGUCUCAUGUAAACUAAUCUUCUGCUUAGUCUUAGCUUAGCAGUAAUUAACUAUUCCUGAAUGCUCUAAGCAAUUAAGCUUUUAUUUCAUCUUGUGAUUUAUGCUGCAAUGUCAUUGAAUUGGAAAGCAAACAAAAAAUUAAAACAUUGUUAAAAAAAAAUAAUAAAAGAACUGGGGAAAUAUUAUGAUUAAGGCAUAUUCAAUUUUUUUAAGAGUCCACGAUGUCAUAUUUUCAAAAUCACUGGUUUAAUUGUUUCAACAAAUUCUUGUAACUUUUGAGUCCAUUAAUUAAUAGCCUUUUCCAGUUCUUGUGAAAUUAGCACGUGUGUGAAACUAGCCUAAUCAAUCCACUUCAGGAGCUUGGUUGUCUGCAAAUGAGUUUGAAAUAAGAACCCUUUCAAGCUAUGAUUGCAUGGUGAGAGCAUAAAAUUGCCUCACAUACAAGGACCCAGGUUUAAUAUACACAUGCUCUCAAAAGCUGAAGAAAUAGUCAAUGGUAUUUAAACAUCAUUUGCACCAAAUUGUUUAAUAUAUCCCAUUGCUAGAGCGAUCAAUAAAUAUAUGUGAAUAAAAUGAUCUAACAUAUUAUUAAGCUUUUGGAAUAGCAACUUACAUAAUCAUUAACUGCCAAUGAGAGCAUUAUCCAAUCACAUAUCAAAGAGACCUAUUCUGUUUGUAAUAGUGAUGCUUAAUUGACUUCCUUUGAUGAGAAUUAUUUUCAACAUAACAAGCAAGUUUUUGUUUGUCUUCUUUGUUUUCGCCUUGCCAUCUUUAAUGUAGCAACUUCAGGACUGGUAUUGAACUUUUACAUGAAGUCUGAGCAUUCUUUUGUUGUCACAUAUUAAACGGUACUUUGUUUUGUGAAAGAUAUAUAAACUCACAUGAAGUCACUUUGGUCUUUUUUCUGUUAAAUAUGUACAUUUUAGAGAUGCCAGAUAUGCAUCAAGUUCAGCUACUAUUUUAGGCUUCCUAAAAUCUAUGGAAGUCAUGAUAAUUUGAAAAUGUGUGUUAUUGUUUUGUUGUUAAGUAUGUAUUAUUUUAUUAUUAGUUUGAAUAUAGCACUGUGUUUAUGUAUUACUUAAUUAUAGUUCCUAUUAAACAUGAAAUAUGAGAUAUGCUGUAUUGUUACUUGCUUGAAUAAAACUUAUGUGUCCAUUCAUACUAUGUUGUGAUAGUAAUGCUCAAAUGGUUUUAAACAUUUAAUUCAACUAAUACUUCGCAGCAAACCCAUGCUUGCCUGUAUUGUUAACCACAAGUUGGAUUGUUAUACUGUAUACUUUGAAACUUAGUGAACCAUUGUCAUUCUGGAUGAAGAAAAUUACUGUUUAUUAUCCUCUAUUAAAAUUUAGAAGAGUAAAGCCGCUUUUUUCAGCUUUGACAUUCCAUAAAAUCAUGAUUUUCCUCAUAAGUCAUUUAAUGGUAAGUGUUAUCUUUUUUAUUGUCACAGAGUUUAACCAAAUUGUGUGUUUUAUCUAUUUUAUGUGUCAAGCCUUAAAAUCUGCUGAAUACCUUUUGGCCUCAAACUUCCAGUUUGAACUUAAAAGUUGACAUUAUUUAAUACAUUUCUUCUGUUUGGUUGAACUAAGGUGUAGGUCGCAUUAAUCAUUAUUAAUAAAAAUUGUAUUCUUUUUAACUGUUCAUAUAUAUUUAGUUAUUUGAAAGAAGUUUAUAUUAUUAUUUUAACUUUUGUUUCGAAUUGCAUGCGGUAUUCAGUACAAAAUGUGUUGCUAAACGGCAUUUAAUCAGUUGGUAUAAUAUUUGUUGUUGUGUAGCUCAGUUAUUUCCCUUAGGCUGCCAUCGUCUUCAGAUAAAACGACGAGUCGUAAUAUGAUUAAUAUCUGAACAUGUGAUAAUAAAGCAUAAUGGAUUGCAUCGGUUAUUCCACUGCGUUUUCGGUCAAUUUUUUCCGAAACAGCGUUGUUUUUUGUAUACCAUUUUUAUCAACUGAGCUUGAACAAUUAGAUACAUUUUCGUGUGUUACUUAUAUUGUUGAGGUAUUCUCAUAUUUAAGAUGUGUUACAUUAAUGUAUUUUAUUUGCGAGAUUAAAGUCAACCAAUAGUG